AUGUCUCAUCGAAAUUUGAACUUUUAUAACGGUUCUACGGGGUUUCAUCUCGGCGGAGUCCGCCAAAAUGGAUCCAUCACAAAUGCCAAUUUUUUCGAUAUGUUAACGAAUGUGUGGCUGGAGGUGGAGGCAGUGAACUCGGUGCAGAACGGGCUAUUACUCGCUGCAAGUAUGCAUCAGCUAUUCGAUAACUUCCAAAUAUUGGUCAAUCCAGAAGACCUCAUGGAUAUAAGAUUGCUGAUUUUAGUGCCAACAACUGGAAUGCGGACGGCCGAAUACUAG